AUGUGCGACGACGACGUGAUCGACCUCACAGAUGACCGCGCAAUCGACGCGAUCGUCACCCCGCCCGCGCGCGAUGCGCGCGGCACGGGUCCCGAGGCCUCGAACCGCGAGGUGGUCAAAGCCGAGGCCGAGGCCGACGACGACGACGACGAGGCCGACGAAGACGACGACGACGACGACGACGACGACGACGACGACGACGGCGGCGACGACGAAGACGACUACGAAAACGAGACGGACGCGAGCGAGAGCGAGAUUGACGUCGACGAGGACGCGACCGCGGACUCGAACGCCGGGGGUGACGCGGACGGCGGCGGCGACGUACUGGACCUGGACGCGCGCGUCCGACCGCGCACGGAGCGUCGGGGAAAAUACGGGUACUUUUUUCUGAAGUCCGACUGGGGCGGCACGGAACCUUUCACGGACUGCGACAAUAACGGAUAUCCCGCGGAGGGCGAGUCGCAGCCGCAUCUUCGCUCGUGGAAGGCGGUGGAACGGUACCUGCGCCGCGAAGGGAUCGCGACCGAGGAAGAACUCGAGGCGGAGGCCGCGGCGGCGAAGGCGUUCACGCGGAGAAAGAAACGCAAGACGACGACGACGACGCCGACGCUCUCGAAGCGAACGAGACGCGAAAGGAAGCCCGUCGAGCGAUUCACGCCGCCGAGGGACACCGAGAUGAAGAAGACGGCGAAAGAGAACGUCGCCCGUCCGGCCAAAGUCGCGAAGCCGCGCGAGGGCGACACGAGCGAGAGCGAGAGCGAUGCCGCAGACGACGACCGAGAGGCACGGGCAGGUUACUCCUCGAAAUAUUUUGGCGUGAGUCGUCACGCGAAAAGCCCGUUGCACCCGUGGAGGGCCAUUAUCAAAAGUCACACCCUGGGAUAUUACGCCACGGAGAUCGAAGCCGCGCGUGCGUACAAAGCUCGCGUUGGCAGCUCUGAGCUAGUGCUGCGAGACCCGAACAGUCCGCAUAAGCCGCUGAAGCCGUGGGAGCCCGCGCGGCCCCGAGCGCGUCCCCGAGCGCGACCCCGAGCGCGACCCGCGGGUCAAGGCGCCGCGUUGAUCAACGCGCGGACGUCCAGGAUGCAAGUUCGGACGUACGAUGACGGGACGUGCGGGAAGCCGUAUCGCGAGAACGGCGUCGUCGUCCGCUUUCGCGACGACGAUGCCGACUUUGGUGAAGUUUACUCCGUUCGAUGGGACGACGACGACUCCGACGAAGAUCUCAUUUUCGAGGAGCUUCUUCUGUUUUUGAACCAAACAGAUGCUGCGCCGCCCGAGUCAAUCGAGCUUGCGACGAAGCUCACGAACGACUCGAUAUAUACGACGGGUCAUCUUUCGCAGGAGUGUGUGCUCAGUAGACUCAAGAAGUAUGCCUCUCCGUCUCGUGGAAGAUUUUACGGCGGCUUCAACACGGUGACCGAUGUGAUGGAUCGCAAGGCGUUCCGCCCGUUUGUCGUCGACGCGGCGAACGAUACGCAAGACUUCUGCUACCACUUUCCGACGCGAUGGGGCGCCGCCGCCGCGCACGACAUCUUCGUACGGCUUUUGAAAGAAGGCCCAGGGGUGAAAGCGGGGACGCGGACGAACUUCAAGCCCGACCUCCCGUGGCACGAGCUGAUCGGCAUCAUGCUCGCGGGCGCGAACGACCGGUUCUGGGACGACGAAGACACGGUGGCAGCGGGUACGAUUGCGAAAGCGACGGUCAGCGCGAAAGCCUUGGACGCGUCUCCACCGGACGACGACGGCGAAGAUUCGCAGCUCCCGGCGCAACCGACCGCGCCGGCGCCGGCGCAACCGGCGGCGGCGACGGGCGGCGGUCGGUCCAUCCGGGAUAGCCUUCUCGAGAUCAGACAGUGGCGCUCGGACGGUAUCAUUGACGAGGAGGACUACAAGACGUGGAAGAUGGAUUUGUGGGUCAAGUACGCGGAACAGGUGGGAUGA